AUGAGUUACGCUACGAACCCUUUUGGGUUGCCUACAGAUCCCAAGAGACUUCCGCCAUUUGGAACUCCAGCUUCUGCCAUUUCAUCAGUUCUAUACAACAAUUUGAAGACCAUCUUCAGUUACAAAACUUUCUCUGAUGCUGAUUUGCUCGAUGCUAGUUUAAAGAAAUGGGUUGGUAAGCUUUCCAACGAUGUGUUCUUCCAAGAAUUGGAUGUGAGAAGUGGUGCUGGUUUGAGCGCAUUGGGAUUCACUCAAAACACUGACGAAACCGUCGGUAUUGUAGCUCCCGGUUAUGCUUUGCCAUAUUUCGUCGAUGCAUUCCAAUCUGCAACCCGUACGGCUAAAUUUUUGUUUAACAUUGGCGCUCUGAGCUACGAUGAAGGUACUUCAUCCAUUGGUAACGACUAUGUGACUCCUUUGAAUGCAGCCAGACAAUUGGGAUUCCCAGUGGUGACACCUGUUUCUUCUGAUGAGGUGCAAGCAGUUGCUUUAUUGGCUACAGCGUUGGCAAGUUUUGGACCUGCUGGAGGUGCUUUGAACCUAUUCGAUGGUGCCAACUACUCUAGGACGAUUUCACAGAUUAGAGAGCAAGUGGGUCAAGAAGAAGUAUUGUCUAAAUUGGCAAAGAUUUUGCCUUCAAAUUCUUCCUUUGAUGAUGUUUUAAACAGUUUCGGUGACUUGACUGGUUUGAAGUUGGGAAAUUUUGAAUACAGUGGUAGUAAAGAUGCUGAAACCGUCUUUGUCACCUAUGGUUCUCUAGAAUCUCAAUUGUUCAAUGAUGCGUUGACUUCUGAUGAUCAGAAGAUUGGUCGUUUGGCCGUAAGAGUUCCAUUACCAUUUGAUUCUGAAAAAUUCGUAGCUCUGCUGCCAAAAACCGUUAAGAAAGUCGUUGUCAUCAGUCAAUCCCUAGAUGGUUCUUCACCAACUGUCUUGAAGAGCCAUGUUGCUGCAUCUCUGUUCUACGAAGCUCGCAGAGGUAUUAGCGUCUCUGAGUACAUUUACCAACCAAAUUUCGUAUGGUCACCCUCUGCAGUGGAUCAAAUUAUUGGAUCCUUUGUCUUGGGUUUCCAACGUGUUGAGCAAUCCUCUGCUAACAGAUUUAUGUACUGGGCUGGUGAUAAGAGCUCUAACAUCGAUUUGUCUUCGAGAUUGGUACAUGCCUUGUCAUUAGUCGACCAACAGACAAUUUCCAUGAGGACAAAGUUUGAUAACGUCACUAAUGCUGGUGUUUUCCAAGCCCAGUUCACUACUGCACCAAACCAUGAAGUGACAACAGUCUCUAAUUUAGAUUCUGCUCAAUUGGCCUUUGUCGAAAAUAUUGCCAUCUUGGAUGGAUUAGAUGUUGUGGCCACUGUUGAUGAGAAUGGUACCAUCAUUCUAAUCUCCAGGAAAUCUCUAAAGGACCAAGAUUUAAACAAGGGUGAGACCUACGUAAAGACUUUGGGCAUCAACGAAGCAUUCUUUAGAGCCGCUCACUCUAAGAAUAUAAAGGUUGUCGUUAUUGACGCUGCAUCCAUUGGUGAUAAAGAAGAAACCAAGGGUCGUACUUUGUCUUUUGUCUCCCAGGCCACUUUUUGGAGAUAUGCUUAUGGAUUCGACACUGCUGAAAGUGUUCGCCGCGUUUGGACUUCUGCUGGUCCUGACGUGGAAUUAUUAGCUUCUGUUUUGUCCGAUACUAUCAACAGUGCUUUCGAAGAAGGCAUUAGAGAAGUGCCUACUGAAGCCUUUGAAGAUAUCCUCAGAGAUUCAGAGGAGCAAAAAGAAAGAGGUUCUAUCAAUGGCAACAACGAUUUACCCAUCUUUGUCUCUGAAACUUCUUUCACUCCCAACCCGACUACUGUUGAAGACGCACCAACUACAGAGGCUCAUUCUGUCUCUGAAAUAGCUAAGCAAUUGACGUUUAAAGAAGCCUACGGCGUUAAAACAGAUUUGAGACCUGAUCAACCAACCAAGAACUAUGUAGUGAGGGUUAAAGAGAACAGACGUGUUACACCAGAGGAUUAUGAUAGAUACAUUUUCCACAUCGAAUUUGAUAUCAGUGGUACUGGUAUGACCUAUGAUAUCGGUGAAGCUCUUGGUGUACAUGGUAGAAACAACGAAGCCUUAGUUAAAGAAUUUUUGGAAUACUAUGGCUUGAAAGAAAACGAUGUUAUCCACGUCCCUAACAAGGAUGAUAACAAAGUUUGGGAAUCAAGAACCGUCUUGCAAGCAUUCGUUGAAAACUUGGAUAUUUUUGGUAAGCCCCCAAAGCGGUUCUACGAGUCUUUAAUCAGCUAUGCUACUGACGCGGAUGAAAAGAGAAGAUUAGCAGAGUUAGUUACUGCAGUAGGUGCUGUGGAUUUGAAGAACUUUCAAGAAGUGGAAUUUUACACUUAUGUCGAUAUUUUGAAGAUGUUCCCAUCCGCUAGACCAAACUUAGUGGAUUUGGUUGAACUAAUAGCUCCAUUGAAGAGAAGAGAAUAUUCUAUUGCAUCUUCUCAAAAGGUUCACCCCAAUGAGGUCCACCUGUUGAUUGUUGUCGUCGACUGGAUUGAUAAUAAAGGCAGAAAGAGAUUCGGUCAAGCCUCCAAAUAUUUGUCAGAUUUGCCAGUUGGUUCUGAAUUGGUUGUUAGUGUCAAGCCAUCAGUCAUGAAAUUACCACCAAAUCCACAACAACCGGUCAUUAUGAGUGGUCUAGGUACCGGUUUAGCUCCCUUCAAGGCUAUUGUUGAAGAGAAGUUUUGGCAAAAACAACAAGGGUAUGACAUUGGUGAAGUCUAUUUGUUCUUGGGUUCUAGACACAAGAGACAAGAAUACUUGUAUGGUGAGAUUUGGGAAGCUUACAAGGAUGCUGGUAUUAUUACCCAUAUUGGUGCUGCAUUCUCAAGAGACCAACCUCAAAAGAUUUACAUCCAAGACCGUAUUGUGGAGAGUCUGAAGGAUCUAAAGACCGCCAUGAUUGACAAGGUAGGUUCUUUCUACCUAUGUGGUCCUACAUGGCCUGUACCCGAUAUCACCAACGCGCUGCAGAAGAUCAUUGCUGCCGACGCUGAAGAGAGAGGCGUUAAGGUAGACUUAGGUGCAGCCAUUGAGGAUCUGAAGGAGGAUUCCAGGUACAUCCUAGAAGUGUAUUGA